AUUGGGUGUGGGAGCGGACGCCACCAACCGAGAAAGGGACCUCAAGGUGGGGGUGCACUUGUUGCGUGACUCCCGCGAGUUGGCGAGAAUCUGCGGCGCCGAGAGGUGGAGCGAGAAGAGCAGGAGUCAGGAGGUUGCUCUGGCUGCAGAGACUUCAGCUCCAGGAGUAAAACACUCAACUAGAAGAGAAGCAAAGUCAUCAUGACCUCAGUAUCUACUCAUGAAAAUCAGGAUAAAGGUCCCCAUUUGCCACCACCAAGCAAGCAGAGCCUGCUGUUUUGUCCGAAAUCAAAGCUGCACAUCCACAGAGGAGAGAUUUCAAAGAUUAUCCGAGAAUGCCAAGAAGAGAGUUUCUGGAAGAGAGCUCUACCAUUUUCUCUUGUGAGCAUGCUUGUAACCCAAGGACUCGUCCACCAAGGUUAUUUAGCAUCAAACCCAAGAUUUGGAUCAUUGCCUAAAGUUGCACUUGCUGGUAUCUUGGGAUUUGGCCUUGGGAAGGCAUCUUACAUAAGAGUAUGCCAGAAAAAAUUCCACCUCUUUGAAGAACAGCUUCGUGGAGCCGGUUUUGGUCCUGGACAUAACAGGCACUGUCUACUUACCUGUGAAGAGUGUAAGAUUAAGCGUGCAUUAAGUGAGAAGGGAAGUUCACAGCCUUCAGCCUCCUAAAUUCAGCAUCCCUGACUUUAGAAGUUUCUCAAACCUCUGAAUUUGUAUGCACUUAAAAUUUCAAGUAAAAUUCAAAGUAAUAUACUUAUUGUGAGCAGAAACAAUAUGAUCCUCUCACUCUACUGAAAUACUUUCUGUGGAAGAGUCUUGAAUGAAUACUGCAGUGGUCAACUCCCUACCCUGCUUGUCUACAGUUGUGCUUUUCAUGGUUUCAUUUACCUCCACAGUCCAAAAAUAUUAUGUACAAUACUUUGAGGUGAGAGACACCACAUUCACAUAAAUCCUAUUAUAGCA